UACAGAAAAGGCGGGGCGACGACUUGAGUGACUGCUACAGAUGCGCGCAGUUACACCCGGAAGUGGGUGCAAAGUUUACAAUUUUCACAAUAUUUAAUAAUAACUGUAUUUGGAAGCAGUUUUUAUAGUAGAAGGACAUGCCAUUUUAGCAGGUCGGCUAAUUACGAGUUCUGUUCUGUGAAAAGCGUGUGAAUCUUGAAACCGAAAGUUUUUAAAGUCAGUCCCCAGUUUCCGGGAGUAAAAGGUUUAGUUUUUAAAUAAUUCACUGUAAAAAUUUUACAAAUCAGGCCCGAAUAUGGCCCCCGAAACAAGAAGAAGAAAACGUAUGUUUUCGUCAGAUGACGCAGUUUCUACUGAAAACCCAAAUACAGCAAUAAUAAAGAAAAGGGGGCGCACUACAAAUAAGACCCCAAACAAGACGCUUGCAAAAGACUCUGAUCAGGAAGAUGUAGUAAUGGAUGACAGUGAAAUUAUCCAAGAUUUUGAUUCCAGCAAAGAGCAUAAGAGGAGUGGCACUAGAAGAAGGAUGCCAGAUGUGGAAAUGAACGGCUCAGAGGAUCAAACGUACAUCUCGCAGGCUGUUAAAGAGCCCCCUAACAAGGUAAGGAAGCUGUCUGUAUCCGAGGACGGCGGGAGUCCGGAUGACAGUGACACGAUGGAUAUCCAAGAAGAUGAGGAAAACCUCAAUGAAGAUGUGAUACCAGAGAGAAGGUCACUUUUCAGAGCAGGUGAUGAAAAGGAAAGAGAUCCCUGUGUAAAACACCUGCCUGCUAAAAUCCCCGAAUCCCGGAUCCCUAUUAAAAUGCCCACUGAUGAGCCGGAAAGGAGCCGAUACAAUUAUACAAAAGCCAGAACAGAUUUCACUCAAAGACCAGUGGCUUGUUCUCCUGGAACUGGUGUCCAAUCACAGGAAAAGUACAGUGCUGCACUUCACUGUCAGAAGUCUCACAGGGAUGUGACCUUAGACAACAUAAAAGUAGACCAGUGGAAUGCAAAUUCGCUUCCUCAUUUAGCAGUGUCCUAUUCAUCAAGAAACCAGGGAAAAAGGAUUACCAUCAAAAAUCCAAAUAUUGAAGAAAGAACAGAAGGAUGGUCGAAGACGCUCUUGUCCACAUUGGUUCUGGUCUUGCUCUGCUUCCUAGUGGUGUGCCUGCUCCUAGUGGGCAAUAACACAGAUAUAGCGAUUCCUCAUGACAAGAACAUGACAAAAGGCUUUGAAGCCCAGUUCAUGGAUUUAGAAUCUCAAUUCCCCAGCCAAAGGGCAGAACUGUGGAAGAAGAGUAAAAUACUUCUGAUGAGGAAUCUCAAGACAAUUCAAACCAAAGAGCCGUUCAGCAUGAUCUUGACGUCAGGACUCGGGGCCAAGAAGACGUUGCACUGUCUGGCCGUCUGCAUAGCCACUGCCUUGUCUUCUGCCCUCAACGUGACUGUCGUGCAGAUCGACGGGGCCAGCAAGGCCUUGCUAGACAGUAGCCAAGUAAAACUGGAUAUUGACAAGAAGCUGAUGGAAGCUUUUACAGAUGACAAGGGUGUGGCCGUCAUUCAGCAGUUCGGGGAGCUCCCUCCAGGAUCCACGCUCAUCUUCUACAAGUACUGCGACCACGAAAAUGCGGCUUUUAAGAACGCGUUCUUCAUCUUCACCAUCCUCUUGCCUGUGGAGGAGCUCGACCCGGAACUCACUCUUAAAGAAGUGGAGGAGACGGUUCAGGACCACAUCGAGGGCAGGUUCCUCUCAAGUGGCCAGCCGGCCUCUUUCGAUACAAUUGAUGCCGAUAAAUUAGGUGGGCUUUGGAGUCGGAUCUCGCAUUUAGUUCUACCUGUGGUGCCAGAGGCAGAUACUGAGCAGAAUGGGUGUCGCAUUUAAAAUUGUGCUGUGCCGCUUCCACCGCUAUCUGCUGAUAUACACUGUAGGAGCCAUAGGUAAUGAAGAGCCACUCUAUAAUGUUAGAGCUGUAUGUCAGGUGCUAGAGACAGUCUGAGUGUGAUUGUUCAUUUUUCCAACAGUGUUCUUAAUUAAUUAGCCUUAAUUCUGUUGCACUCUACAUAUUACGGCUUGCAUAACCACAUCAAAUUAAAUGGACUUGUUGAUGAACUUCUGAUUUUAAAUGAUUUCGGUUGUCUAGUAACUGAUGGCUUGAAUCUAAAUUUUGAAAUGAAUUCUGAUAGUUUAUUAGCACAGCUCUAGAGUACUUAAUUAUCAUAAUUGCAUAAAUAUUGAUAAACCUGUUUAUGUCUUUCUUACGUUCAUCUAAAGGGCUAAAUUAAAAAAAAUAACUCAGGGAGCUUUUUCAUUGUAUGUGCCUUAUAACAGGCAUGUGAGCCUGCAUUGUGCCUAGACAGAUACUCUCUCAAAGUUAAUAAAGGGUUUGUUUUUGUCAAAAGGCAGCAGAAAGCAGGCUGCAGGGACCAGGAGUGUGAUGCCCUGGUUAAUAAAUUACUGGAAUUUGUGGGAACACCCACGUGUUAUGCUGUAGUGAAAGAUUCUUCAAGAGCUAAGCUGGAAGCAACACAGAAAGCCUGAAUUUAGCAUACAUUUCCAAAACCAGCAAUGUAAUGAAUUAAUAUGAAAUGCAUUUAUGUUUGUAAGAGAGGUAUUGCGGGCUGUUUGGAGGCUCAGAUUGUCGUAUUAUGUCUUUGUACCUCCUCUGUGAUGUUGGUUUCAAAUCUGCUGCCCUGCAAUGAACCUGCAUGCUAUCUAUGUGGUACUAUACCUUGUUUCUCACUGUGGAUAGACUAAAACGUUCUUGCAAAUUAUAAUCACAACGAGUACUUAAACAAAGCUGAUUUCCCUGCUGAACACUUUUGACAGACAGACAUCUGCUUAAGGUUCAGUCAUAGUGACAGCAGGUGAAAAUGUAAUGUCCUAUAAAGAUGAUGAUGUAUGCUACUGUGAGAUGUGUAAUUUGAUGGGUAAUUUCAGGAUAAAUUCAUGGAAUAUUUUUUAUGAUUUUUGCAUUAAUACAAGUGUUGCUUAAAGACAAGAUUCAGCUCUUAAUACAUUCAGCUCUUUUCAGGGGGAAAAUGUUAGAUUUUAAUGAAGCUGGUAGGAAACUAUGAUUGCAUUGUUACAUGAUAGAAGUGAUUUUCAACUAGGUGUUGGGUGAUCUUCCCUGAAAAAUCAUAUCAUGAUUUUUUUAACACACAAUUACGAUCCACAAUUGAGCUAUUGGCAUAGCGGAGGAGGAAGUCUGAUAUGGAUUACGUUGUGACACACAUUAAUAUUUAAACUGUCUAUGUUCUAUGUGAAGUUUAGAAGUAUUUGUAGUAGGACAUAAGAUGUGUACAAUUUGCAUGAACAGUAGAUUGUGGACAUCCUCAAGAUCAAUCGCCAUAUAAAAUCUGAUUACCCACCCCUAUUUUCAACCUUAGAUUGCACUGAUUAUUAUAAUAUGUUCAAAUAUUGUAUAAUCCAUCUGUUGUAUAAUGUUGUGUAAUUGAACUGCAUUGAUUUGUGCACAGCAUAAAUAUUGUUCUUGAAUUUUGUUUUUAAUUGUUGAUUUAGCUUUUGAAGUCACAUUCUCCCAUUCUUUGUGAUUAAAUAUGUUCUAUGUUCUUAGUUGGACUGAUUUAAUCAGAGUGAAGAACAAUGAUUGUCAGCUUCAGGUAAACAGUUAUUUAAUCAGGGAAUAAGGGACAAUAUCUGCAUAUUUAACCACUAUUUAAUGACACCAACAUAUGGAAUAGUUUUCCUUCAUAUUAAAAAAGGUGGAAACAUUUAAAAGGUAGAGGAAACGCUUAAACGUAAAAUUAUUUUGAAAUGUACCAAUUGUAAAAACAAAAAUGUGAAUGCUGAGUUUAAGUGCAGCCACAGAUUUUCUUUUGGGGAAAAAAAAAAUCUGUUUUAGUGAAGAACACAUUUUAUAGAUGCACUGAUGUGACUGGAUGUGCCAGAUUUUAAAAUUGUGAGUGCAGCUAGUUUUAAAAUACCAAAUGUCUCUUUAUACUUUACUAUUUGUUUUGUAAGAAAAAGUAUUUGUGUUGUAUCUAGCUGUGUGUGUUCUGGUGUCGUUUUUGUGUACAGUUAAAGUUUUCAGUGAAUAUUUACCUUGAAUUUCAGAAAAAGACUUCAUGUUGAAAACUGUAUUGAACCGUGUUAAUGUGAUUUUAAGUGUGUUAGGUCAAAAACAUGCUUCUGGUAAGACUGUUAUAUUCAAACAUUUUUGCAAUACUCAAUUGUCUCUGAAAAAUAAUGCUGUCAUUGAUUGCUGUUUUAAACUAUUUUACAUCUCAGUGUGCUUUUGACAUCUUGAAUAAAGAGGGCAUUUCUUCUUUU